AUGGCGUCGAAUGGUAUCGCUAGUAGCAGCUCGCUCGCUUCCGGGACAUCUCGAUCGAAACGCAACAUUUCGAAAGUCGACGGGUCGUCCACUGGCAAGCCGACUGUCCAUCCGUUCUUCCGUCCUUCUGAACUUGGCUCUGGCUCGAGUCCAGGUUUACCGACAUCGACCAGCGCUGGCCUAUCGACGUCGUCAUCAUCGAUAUCGCCGUACAUCAAAGUACCCAGCCCGCGUACCCUCGAACAUUAUCUCCACUUGGAUCCAUUUGCUGCUUCUUCUUCUGGUUCUUCUUUGACUGCUGACUCUCAGGCUGAGACAGUUCCACUCUCACCCUCGUCUACGUCACCAUCGGAACCCUUAAAAACAAAUGUCAAGAUCAAACUAGCUCUCUGUGACCUGGACGGUUGCCUCAUAAAGACCCGGGGGAACAGCUCGUUCCCGAAGAACCGUGACGAUUGGCAAUGGUGGUCCGGGAAUGUGAAGAAGAAAUUGCUCCAGUGGCACGAGGACGGGUAUCACCUGAUCAUCAUCUCGAAUCAAAAGUUAACCCGUGGGGAAGGCGGACUACGAAAACUCGACGAAUGGAGGAAGAAGAUCCCGUUGAUCUGUCAAGACCUACCUAAAGACUUGCCGUUGAGGAUCUUGGCUGCUACAGGGGACGACGAGUAUCGUAAACCAAGAAUCGGGAUGUUCGAGGUGGUCAAGAAGGUCUAUGCGGACAGGGGGAUCGAAAUCGACAUGAAACAAUCCUUCUUUGUUGGUGACGCCGCGGGAAGACGAGGCGACCAUUCGGAUUCAGACCGCCAAUGGGCCUAUAAUGCCGGACUUCCGUUUUAUGUGCCGGAAGACCUCUUCAAGAAGGCAUAG